AUGCAGUCACUUACAACAGUGGAUAACGAUUCCAGCCACGCAUGCUACAUAUGCUUGGCCGGAAAAGACGAACUUGCACCGUUUUGUAACCGCAAAGAAUCUAAUGAUUGGGUGAAGCCCUGCAAAUGUUCGCUGGUGGCGCACCGAAAGUGUUUCUUAUCGUGGGUUUCCAGUCUUGAUCUCCAGAAAAGAAAACAGGAAGAUGGCUUUGGAUCUAAUGAUCCCAACUCUAGACCAGGCACUCUCAUGUUCAACUACAACAUACAGAGUCUUUUUUUCGGAUUGCCUCUUAUCAAAAAGUCCGAGAUUAUCACUGUCUUCAUUGACUGCCCUCAAUGCAAACGUCAAUUAUGUUUCCAGACACCGAAUUCUCGUAUUCUGAAUAUAAGACAGACCAUCGACGCCGGGAUAUCCAACAUUAUGCGUGUGGGGAUUUCCUCCACCGUGAUAUCAUCGUCGGUCGCUUCCGUCAGCAUGGGUUUUCUAGUCGGUCUCAGUGCUACGGGCCUUCGAGUCAUGCAAAUGGUGACCCCACAAAGUGUUCAACUUUCUCUCUUUGAUGUCAAAAACACUACAACGCGAACGCUGGUCUCCGCUUUGGAGAAAGGACUGAUUCCUAUACCAAAAUUUCUAAUCAUCACUGCGUCUAUACCACUAUACUUGGUGUACAUGAGGACGAACGUUUUAGGUACUGGCCCAGUGAAUAUGAUUGGAAGAGUGUUCCCUCUGCUGCUUUAUAGGGAUUAUCAGGAUUUGAAGGAUAACCCAGCAAAGAAGCUUCUACUGUUGACUUUACCUCUCCAAUAUCUUUACAAGGCAAUCUACAGUUUGACCCUCAACAGAUUGUAUUACAGAUGGUGCAAGCAAGUCCAGCCUUGUUUUAUUGCCGACAGGCUGUCGCUGAAAGAACUCGAACGCAUAGAAGAAGAAAAUAGGGAGGAGUUUGCGUAUUUAGAAGCAGAGAAAGAGACAGAGACUUCGAUACCAGCGGAUUCUGGACUGUCGGGGCUAUUGCAAAGAUUAUUCAGAGCGUUGACUUCUAAUUCAAUCAUCAGAAAAAUCCAUUUAUCAAGACUUAGACGGGAGUUAAUCAACUGUUUCAAGUUUGACUAUUCCAAGGUUUUCCAGGGGUCGCAAUUUUACUUCUUCUUAGCAUCCACCCUCUCAUGGCCAUAUUUGGGAGAACUUGUCAGUAGGCAUCUGAUGUCGAGAAUACCUCACAUCAACGAAGUUUUGAACAAGCAUAUAAAUACACCAGAUGAGGCGGAGUUCCUGAGGAACUUGAUUGGGUGCAUCGUUGUUGUCAUACUGAAAGACUUUGUCAACUUGUAUUUCAACUACAAGAAAUUCAAACAGUUGCGAGAUGUUGAUGUCGUUAGUGGAUUGAACGAUGACUUCAUGCAAUACAUCAACGACAAAUACCAUCAAGGGGAAGAUGUGAAUUAGGAAAUGUUAGAAUCAUGACGUAUAUGACGCGAAUCACCAUAAUUGAGUAGUAAUCUACACUCUCUUUCUUCUUCCAACGUGAGCCUGGAAACCAGUUUUAAUCGACGACACUGACUUGGUAGAACCACAGGCGCGGCACACAAUGAAGUGCAAUCUGUUGGUGCUUUCUCUCUUGAGUUCCGUGUUCAUAGAUUUGCAAGUCUUGCAGAUAACAUAUUCUUGAAUGUAUCUUCUCAGCACACUUUCAAUAUUCUUUGCCUGGAAUCUUCCCUUAAUGAUGAGUCUCUUCUCACCAUCGAUAGAACCCGAAGUACCCAACUCUGCAAACAAAUAUUGAAUCAGAUGCUCUGGGUUUCUUUGCAAGACAGAAGCGAUCGUCUGCACGUUGGCGAACAUGGUCUUCUUAUUACCUUCUCUGGCCACCUCAGGAGGAGGGAUCUUGAGCUUGGAAUGCUGGCCUCCAGCCAAUUCAGGAUUCUUUUCUUUGAGAAUGCUGUAGAAUCUUGAAAGAAGAUUUUCAUAGGCCAGAACUGAAUUACUAAGAGAGUCUUGUGUUUGUGAUUGCUGUAGUUGUUCAGUUGAGGCAGAUGAUUGAUCGUCAGCAUGAAUACCAGCCUUUUCCAAUUGUUUGUCAAAAUCAUCUGCUUCACUGGAUUUAGUGCUCUUCUUCUUCUUCUUCUUCAGUUUGAGCCCUUCGAGUCCAUCAACGAGCUCGUCCACUGGUUCUGGGGUAUCGGUUUCUUUUGUCUUCUUUUUCUUCUUUUUGAGAGAUGAGAACAUCUCCUCUAAAUUUUCCUCAGAUGGCGUAGUAGCUCCUUCAGCAUCGGUUUUGCCCUUGA